AUGUUCUUUGUCUGCCUUUCCAAGCGCACAGGCCAGUAUUCUAUCUUCUCACACCGUCUCGGCAGCCAUAACAUUACCGAAUCCUUUCUCGACUACAGCAACUUGCACGGUUCGGCCCCACGUUCAUACCAUCUCCCUCCCCUAAGGACGUGCCAAACUCCCGGACUAUCUGCAGCCCCUGAGUCAAUGCUUCGCUCCCAAGAUGGCAAGAAUGUUUCGGAGUCAACAACACACCCCUUACAUUAUACUUCGAAAGUAUAUCGAUCUGCACUAUCGAUAGGCACAUCGCCCAUCGCGGCCAUCUGGGUUCAAUUGUUCAUUUUCUCUCUCCUUGGUAUGGCUCUGCAUUCUCGGCUUAACAUCGCUCUGCGUAUUCUCGACUUGGAUCAGCUCCAGAUCGCUAGCACUCCAACUCCAGACCUAUUCCAAGCAUCCGAGUGGGACGCACUGCGAUGA